GUUUCAUAGAUCAAUUUUGAUAUAAAAUCUUUAUUGUUAGCAUGGGAGUUAUUAGUUGAUGCAUCAAAUGAAAUUGAUUCAGAUUUAUUUCGAUAUGAUUUAGUUGAUAUAACUAAAGAAGUUCUUCAAUAUAAAUUUCUUAGUGUUUAUACUCAAUUUAUGUCAGCUUAUAAUCAAAGUGAUCUUUAUGGUGUUAGUACUCAAGCGGCUAUUCUUGUUGAUAUACUAUCAGAUACUGAAUUAGUAUUAGCUUCUGAUCGUCGGUUUUUAUUAGGAAAUUGGAUUCGAGAUGCAUUACAAUUUGCAAAAACUGAAGAAAGUAUUCAUUUUUAUAAUUUUAAUGCCAAACUUCAAGUAUCAAUUUGGGGAAACAAUUAUACAUUAGAUUUGUAUGAUUAUGCAAAUAAAUUUUGGUCAGGAAUGAUUCAAAAUUAUUAUGCUCAACGAUGGUAUGUUUUCUUUGAUGUUGUUAUUCAAAGUCUUAUUCAAGGUCAUCCAAUAGAUUCAAAUCUUUUAGGUGAACGUCUAUUUCUUGAAGCUGAAUUACCAUUUUUUAUGUUAGAUAUCAAAAAUUAUCCAACUAAUACACAAGGUGAUUCAAUUAUGAUUGUUCAUCAGUUAUUUAAUAAAUAUCAUUUAUCUUUUAAUGAUAUUUAUUUCAAAGAAAAAUCUACAAGAAAAACAUUUUCUUUUAAAUAUCAUUUCGAUUAA